AUGAAUGAAUAUGAAGCAGAACCAACAUGGACCACUUCGGAUAACUUUGGGUCUUCUUUUUAUGACCAAAAUCUAGCUUCGUCCAGUACUUUUGAUCCUUUUUAUGGUGAUGUAAGCAACUCUAAACAACAACAAGAGCCAUUACAAGAUGAGUUUAAAGCUGAGCCCAUGACUGUCAAGGUGGACGAUGCACAAAAGAGCCCCGACGGUGCCUUCAUUACCUUCCGAGUGUUCACCAUGACAAAUCUAGAAAUUUACUCACAAGAUAAGAGACCUGUACGACGACGAUUUCGAGAUUUCUUGUGGCUUCAUAAUGCAUUGACCAUUGAAUUUCCUGCCUGUGUUAUACCACCACUACCAGAAAAGCAUCGCAUGAAGUAUGUGAAAGGUGAUCGAUUCAAUCCAAUGUUUAUUGAGCAAAGACGUUUAGGACUGCAAUGGUUUAUGGAUAGAAUUGCAAGACAUCCGCUUCUACAAUCCUCUACUUAUACUCGUAUAUUUCUCGAAUCCACAGACUUUACCUAUGCCAAAGUCAAGAAACCAGAUGAGAAAUUCGUAGAAAUGAAGGAAUCCAUUGACAAAUUUGGAGACAAUCUGAAUAUUGUGGAAAAACUGUAUUCAAGGAUCGGUAAAAGACAGCAAGAACUCGAAACCAAUUAUGGUCAUUUUGCAGGAAGUAUUCGAGGCUUGUCUGCUUUGGAAUCCAACGUGGAUCAACCUCUAAGACAAUUUGCUGAAGCCACAGAGUCCUAUGUUGACGCAUUGAAAGAGAUGCGAAAACAGGAGGAUCUCUUGUUUUUGAAUGAUGUCCAUGAAUUGCUCAAUUAUUGCAACGCCGCCAAAGACAAACUAGCAGAACGAGAUCAGAAACAGGUGGAUUUCGAAGACAUGUCCACCUCUCUACAGGCUAUCAUGCUCGAAAAGGAACGCAUCUUACAUCCAAAUAAAGGUAGUGCCAAUAUGAACAUCAGUGAAUUCAUGACCGAUAAAAUGAAUGAUCAUAAUAGAGCUAGAAAUGAACGAUUAUUUCGUCUCGAUACAAAAAUCAAGGAAUUGGAAGAAAAUGUCGCUAAGGCCAAUGAUGAUAAUAACAGUUAUUCAAGUCAGAUGAUUAAAGAAUACGAUAUAUUCCAACGUGCAAGAGAGAUCGAAUUAAAGCAAGGAUUGACCGCUUAUGCUGAUUGUCAUAUUGAUUUCUAUAAAAAGAGCAUAUCCAUUUGGGAAAACAUUCUACCAGUCCUGGAUCAGCUUGAGGAUUGA